AUGGACCCUCCGAGACCAGCGUCCCUCUUCCAAGUCUAUCUUCGCCUUCGCCCUCCCAUCUCACAGAGUCAAGAUCAUCAACCCGAACGCUUCUUGACAGUCGAAGAGCCGGAAUCGGACGGCCAUGAGAUAGCUGCCCCUACGCGAACUCAUGUCACAUUACAGCCGCCGAACGAUGGAAGGAGACGGGGGAUUGAAAGAUUUGGCUUCACACAGGUUUUUGAAGAAUCCGCUUCGCAACUGAAUGUUUUCCAAGAUACAGGGCUGGAGUCCCUGAUAAGAGGUGUGCUUUUGGAAGGAAGAGAUGGGUUAGUCGCUACGUUGGGAGUCACAGGUAGCGGAAAGAGUCAUACAAUACUCGGCUCAAAGACGCAAAAAGGUAUCACUCAGAUGGGUCUCGAUGUGAUCUUCAAAUCGCUCGCUUCGACAAUAAGGCCCCCAGACAACACAAUCACCCCGCUUUCAUUGGCUUCCGUGUCAGAAUCCGACCAUACGGAGUCCCAGAUCUUUACGGCCCAGACGUUCCUUGAGGCGGUAUAUGGCGAUCCGGGAGCGGAUCGUGGAAGGAAUUCCAGAGCCCAGACCCCUAUGAGCUCCUCUAGGGCCCAGACGCCGAUGACGGUACGAACUCCCUCCCCGGGUAGUCCAUUGCAAAGGACUCCAACACGCCCCCAUACAUCCCCAGGAUCCCGGUUGAACCUGUUCCGUGGACCUAUCCCUCUGCUGCUGCCAUCUGCCCACUAUUCUCCCCUCGCGCGGCAAACGCAAGAUAUUGGUCCCCAGGUCGGCCUCCAACAUCGACCCAGACGAGAAUGUCCUGCUCCUACAGCAUCAUCCACCCAACCCCUUUAUGAAUGGCAUUGUGCUAAAUCGCAAACCCAAACUUUAAAGGAACCGACCCCAGCCAUUGUAUUUCCCCGUCGUCCCAUGCCCCAACGGCCCAGCGCAUUGCCACGAUCUCCCGAUGUCAGUCACUUGACCGUCGAAUUGAAUCCCAACUCGGAGUAUAUCGUCCUCGUUUCGAUGUAUGAGGUGUACAACGACAGAAUCUUCGACCUGCUCUCUCCUGCGAUUGCGCCUGGACAAGGAAGUACCAUGUCGCGACAAGGAAACGCACAAAAGGACCGAAGGCGUCCCCUGUUUUUCAAGUCUACAGAGGGAUCCCCAGACCGAAAGGUUGUUGCUGGCUUGCGUAAGAUCGCGUGUGCUACCUACGAAGAGGCGCUUGCCAUCCUCGAUAUCGGACUUACUGAACGAAAGGUGACGGGAACUGGCGCCAACAGUGUUAGUUCCCGUAGCCACGGGUUCUUUUGCCUUGAAGUGAAGCGGAGAAUGCGGAACAAGAGGACAGGCGAUGAGACCUGGAUAGGAAACACCUUGACAGUUGCAGAUCUAGCAGGCUCGGAACGAGCAAGAACAGCCAAGACAGCCGGGUCUACUCUGGCGGAGGCCGGCAAAAUCAACGAGAGCUUAAUGUAUCUGGGCCAGUGCCUGCAGAUGCAGAGUGACAUACAAGAUGGUAACAAGACGGCCAUGGUACCAUUUAGGCAGUGCAAACUCACUGAGCUCCUAUUUUCCAAUUCUUUCCCGUCUUCAAACCACGGUUCAGGCCAUAACCGUCACCCCCAGAAGGCCAUUAUGAUUGUUACUGCCGACCCCCUGGGAGAUUACAAUGCGACUUCCCAGAUUCUGCGCUACUCUGCACUAGCUCGUGAGGUUACCGUGCCUCGAGUAGCCUCUGCGUCCGAGUCUUCAGUGUAUUCUAGCUCUCUUGGGUCUCUCCGUGCCCCGGGCAGUGGGCGAAACUCCCCUAACAUAGCCUUGAGCGAGGAAUUGGAGCAGGCAUUAGCCGAGAUCGAGAGACUGACGAGUGAAAAUGAGAAACUCUCGGUGAGACUCGCUGAGGAGGAGAUCGUCAGAACGGAACUGGACAUGAGACUUAAAGCCAGUGAGGAAAGAUGUCUCGUGAUCGAACAGGAAGUCCGUGAGGAAUGCUGGGCCGAGAUGGAUGAACGCAUGGAAGAGGAGAAGAAGAAAUGGCAAGCUGCGUUGGAUGAGCAGGUAAAGAUCAAAUACAGUCUUGCGUUGUGGGCCUGUCAUAACGAUGAACAUAUGGACAGGAAAAUCGAGCUGCUAUCUCGAGGCUUCGAGAUCCACGAAGACCCCGAACCCUCUCGCGAUGAGAGGAUUGAAGACCUUGAAUUCGAGAACGAUCAGCUCCGGAGCAAAAUAGCAGCAUUGGAACGAGAACUCACGUGCCGGUCUCCUACGAAGAAAUCCAAAUCGAAGAAUACACUCGAACCAUCGCGCAACUCGAACAUCUUAGGGCGUGAAAGCGACAUCGAGGUGGCCUUGCGCAAGAUGGACCAGCUGAAAUUGGCUGAAAGCUUGUCUUCCCCUUCUCCUGUCCCAUCCCCUGGCAAGAAGAAGAAAAUGACCACGAGGAAGUGGGAUCUGGCUCCAGAGGAGGAUAUUUAA